GUUUUUCGACCUUGAAACUAAACUGGCACAACUAUUAAAGUGACGUCUCUUAAGAUAGGUAUGCACGACAGACCGACAAUCUUGACUCAACAUUUGAUAUUGCAAAAAUGGCACCGAGAGUAUAUUUUGAAUUUGUUGUUCUCCGUAUGACAUAUGAAUCUCAUCUCCACCCGAAUCAACCACGUAUUAGUUUCACACAUAAGAAGAAUUCACCUAGUGCAUCGCUAAUAGAAGCACGAGAUUGGUUUGAUCUAGUAAUGGCCCGGGAAAGGUCGAAAUUACCACAAGGUUCAAAACUUCGAUAUACAGAGUGGCGAAUUCUUUCAGGUGAUGCUAAAUUGUUUUACGUUGAAGGAUUCCGCUACGAUAAAAUACUUGUGUUUAUGGGAGAAGAGUCAAACUAUUGGAUGUUCUAUGAAAAUGUACAACGUCCUCGAAGAAUUGAGGGCAGUGGCCGACUACCAUUGACAUAUUGUGCAUGCUGUUUAAAAAGCCAAUAUAUAACCGUUUUGGACACAAUAAAGAAUUGUUUAUCUAGAAAGCGAUAA